GUGCGUGUGAGAUAUAUCCUGUAAGGGAAAGAGGCCGUUAUAGGUUUAUUUUGAAGAAACCACUUCGUUUGAGCAGGUCUAGUCCGGUUUUUUUUUAUUCCUUCCCAAUAUUUUUCCUCAAUUCACAUUUCCUUUUGACGCUCGGAGUAAAACCUCAUAGAUCAAGCUACGACCGGAUAUGGAACGUGCCGGCUUUCAACAGGAUAUGGAAGAAGAUGCUCCCCCUCCAAAGCAGCAACCAAUGAUAUACAUCUGUGGAGAUUGUCACAAAGAAAAUGAGAUAAAAGCAAGAGAUCCUAUCAGAUGCAGAGAGUGUGGUUACAGAAUAAUGUAUAAGAAAAGAACAAAAAGAUUAGUUGUAUUUGAUGCCCGAUAAAGAGAACAGAGGAUGCAUCUAAUUGAUCUGAAUUCAUGUCCAUUCUGUGUUGAUUUUAUUUAAGCAAAUACUCCAAUUUUGGUUCUUGCAAUAAAAUUUUAUUUCAAGCA